GCGCGUGGUGCAUCUUGGGAUAGUAAUGGUGGGCGCGUGAUUUUGAACAAAUUCGGGAUGCCAGAAAAGUACGCAGCUAAGGAAUAAUAAAUUUUGAGCAGAGUAUGGCUGCAAGUAAUAAAAGCCCAGGGGCAAGAGCCCUUGUUGAACCUCUGGCAUUGGAUUCACGAACGUUGAGCGAUGGAGAUUUCAGCGCUCUAAGUUUGUCGCACAGCUCAGAGCAGUACUCGAACAACGACUUUGAGGCAUUGGCAAGCAUUCAGGCUGAAUUUGAAUGCAUGAACGCCGAAGAGGUAAUGACAACUGACGACGAAACUAUGCUUCUCGAUCGAAGCAUUGAGUCUACAACUACAGCGUCUGACAUUGAGAUGACCGAUCUAUCGGACAACGCUCAGCCUGAACAGAUAACUUACUCAUCAGCAGCUAAUCAGAAUAGUCAAAAUAUUGUAUUCCAAACUAAACCAACCCUACAAAGAGUGCCUGUGUCAGCAAUACAGGUGAAGCCAACUGUGCCACAAGUGUCUCAAAGCCAGUCAAUAAUGAUUGUGUCACCAGCAGGUGGCCAAGGCACAAGCCAAAUACUGAAAAUAUCUCACCCAUCGACAGCAUCGCCUGGUCAGCUACAAUCGCUGGCUCAGACUCUGAUAACGGCCAAGUCUGCAGACGGCAACAUAGUACAGCUGAGAUCGGCACAAGGUUCAAGACCGAUCGUGACAACUAGCCAAUCUGGGACCAUCACUCUGAGCAAUGUACAGAACGUCAAACCUGUUCAGUCGGCCAUAAAAAGACCAGCUCAGUCUGUACAACAAAACAGAAACGUAUACACAAAAAUGAUUCUGACCGGUAAUCAGAGCCAGACAGGUCAACAGGUUUUGCUUGCCAACACCCAACAUGACAAUCAGCAGCCGCAGACUAUCAAGUUUAUCACGAGUAGCGGAGCCAGUCCGAGCAUCGCAAGCCCAACGAAAACUAUAACUUUUGCACAAGCUCAGCAAAUGGGACUUCUCUCCUCCGGGAAGAUACAGCAGAUACUGCCAUCGUCGCCGCACAAACAGCAGGGUAUAAUUGUGAAUAAAUUGGUCACAUCAACUUCAACUCAACCUUCCAAAAUGACAAUUCUCCCAGCUACGACUGUGAAGCCCCCUGCCAAGAUAUUACCAGCCCCUACUUCAAUGACUAGCCACGCCAAGUCAUCAAUAGUCUCCAACUCCCAAACCACAACGUUCUCCAGCACUGGAAAAAAUAUGCCACAGAAUUCACAAAAAGUGAUCAUAAGACAGAGUUCAUUGAAGCCAGGGACCCUACUUGGCAACAGUCAAGUAAUCAGAAUACCCGCCAACCAAAAUAUUGUCAGUGGUCCGAAUCAAGUACAUCAGAUACAAAUGCCUGGCCGACAGGUACAAUAUGUCCGAUUGGUAAGUACACCCUCAUCUGGGACGAGCAACGUGGUAACUGUGGGGAAACCAAAGUCUCAAACAACACUUCAGACUGUAGGAAUGACGCAUAAGCUUGGAACUCAACAGCAAAUUGUCAAGGUAUUACCGUUGAACACGACUAGUCAGCCGUUGAGAACUGUUGUACCGAAAACUACGUUGUCUACGAGCAGUCAAAGGCUGUUGAUUCCUGCAACAGCAGCAGUCAGUGGGCAGUCAAAAAGCGCUGUCGCCAUACCUGCGUCGGCUUUGAAUCAGCUUGCUACGGGUCAGGCUGUUUUGUCUGCGAAUUCUAACGUUGGAAACAUUGUUGUACUUCCAGCGCAGUAUAUUCAACAACAGCAACAAUCAGAAGAGGCUAAGGGAAAAUCUCAGCAAUCGACCCCAAGUUUGCUGACUACUUCUCAAGGUUCUACUGGGAACUUGUCGAUUGGAUCUCUUUCCGAAGGUAAAAGCUCUCAGAGGUCUUCAUCUAGCCUGGAGCCCAACGGCAUACGACCAAGGAAACCAUGCAACUGUACCAAAUCACAAUGUCUCAAACUCUAUUGCGAUUGCUUUGCAAAUGGUGAAUUUUGCCAUAUGUGCAAUUGCAACAACUGUUCUAACAACCUCGAAAACGAAGAGGAACGCCAGCGAGCAAUCAAGUCUUGCUUAGAGCGGAAUCCCAACGCCUUUCGCCCCAAGAUUGGAAAAGGACGUGAAACCGGCGAUGAUAUACGAAGGCAUAAUAAGGGAUGCAAUUGCAAGCGCAGCGGCUGUUUGAAGAACUAUUGCGAGUGCUACGAGGCAAAAAUACCUUGUUCUGCUAACUGCAAAUGUAUGGGUUGUCGUAAUGUGGAAGAACCAAAUUUAGAGAAAAAAUCGUUAAAAGACCUGGCGGAAGCGGCUGAAGUUAGAACAGCCCAGCUUACUCUGAGCAAGACGAAACUGCAGCAACUGUCUGAUAUGGCGUUCAGGCCACCAGCGAUGUCAAAUACAGGAGCGAGGCAACCUUUCAACUUUUUGACCGAUAAAGUCGUUGAGAUUACAUGUCAGUGCUUAAUGGCACAAGCUGAAGAGGCUGAACGCAGCAUGUUAGACGAUGAAACAUCGCAGCGAUUAAUCAUCGAAGAAUUUGGCCGAUGCUUAAAGGAAAUAAUUGAAUCUGCUCAUAAGGCUGAAACUACCUAGCAAUCUUUUGUAUGCUUGGUACAAGCUGCGAAUAUCAGAAUGUUACAAAUGUAUUUAAAUAUUGCUGCAGCAAGAGAGAAAGUUGCCCUGUGGGUACAACAAUACAGCAAAAAAAUAUUGUACAUAUACAUAUAGGUAUAGAAAUCUAUUUCAGGAAAGGGUAUUAAAUACCAAAUUUAUAUGCAUACAUAUAUGUGUGUAUAUAUAUAUAUGUAUGUAUGUAUGUAUAUGUACAGCGCGUCAGUUUAAUUCAACUAUUGCAAUAUUUUUAAACGUGAAAUAUAUACGAAAAAUCUACAAUUUUGAAAUCCGAAAUGUUGGUGUCACGUUCGAACUUGUAUCAACCGAGGGAAAAAAAAACUUGUUAGGGAUUCAAUUAAAGACAACAAAUUGGUCAGUUUUAAGAAGCCAAAACCGCAGAAUAGAUCCAAUCAAUGCUGAGUUGGAGAGAUUGCUUUUAUUUUGAAUACCCCUGAACCAAAACCCUGUCUGUACAACAUUUUUCCGUAUCUCUACUGCUAUUUCUUUUGAAAUAUUGCAUUCAAUUUUGUACUGUGGUUAUAGAUAAUGCACCGAAAAUUGUUCAUUUACAGAAAGAGCGAAUAACCACGCGAAUAACCAUGGCAGACGGAGUACUGAAUGUGAAUAGCACGCAAUUUCAACGCCAGGUUGUCGAUGUAAUUACUUAAAAACUUGCGCGAUCAUUAUGUGAAUCUUUGUUUUGACCACUCCACGCUGUCCACCACAUUUAAAUCUAUAUAUACUGGUAAAUUUGAACUUCGGUAUAUUAUUCCCAGCUUAACGAUGUAAUAAGUGUGUCUGAUUUUCACUUUAUGAAAUGUAUUUGGUAUUUUGUUAACAAUUAUCAAUAUCUUCUGAGUUGCAGAUAUGAUAGCAUUCAAUUUUACAGAACAUACUGUAAAUUUUAGAUUAUACAUCCUGAAAACUAUUCAGUGUAAACCAACCGAGAUUACAUUUAAGUAAAAAAUUGAGUAACAAUAAGAAAGGGUAUAAUAAGAAUUGUUGAGCAUUGACAUUUUGUUCGGUUUAUUCCUACUCAUGUGAGUCCCGCUUAUGGACUUGCGAAUCGAAUAAGUGUCACUCUGCUGCGGGAUGAGUAAAAAUGUGCUAUAUUUGCAAAGAUGCCAGAAAAAAUCUGAGUUAUAUAUUUUUAAAAAGCAGCAUUACACUAAGGCAGAAAACAAGUAAACUUAUGGAAUAUAUGAUCAUUAGGGUGUUUGAAAAAAAUUUUUUUUGGAUUUUCAUGGGGGUGCAGGGCUAAAUUGUUAUUUUGUACCACAAAAAAAAGAUUCUCAAAAGGGGCGUGCUGUAGCUCAAGUGCUAGGGUAUCCUAAAUCGGUUUUUGUAAAAAAAAAACAGUGAAAAAUCAAAUUAAAUAAGUUUUAAAUCUA